AUGCGAGGGUAAGGAACGGAAGGGGUGGAAACUAAUAGGUUUCGAUGGUGGAGUGUAGCCUGGCCACUGGGUGAAAGGGGGAAGAAGGAAGCGGGCACAACGUGGUGGGCACUGCCUAGACAAAGGGUGUGUCGUAGUCACAUACCCAAAGGGGGUAUCCUGCUAAGAUUCAGGUAUCGCGAAAAGAAGCUUUAAGGUCUGGGGUGCCCAAGCUGGGAAGGGAAACUAAAACUGGAUAGGUGGGGAACAAAGGGAAGGUUUGGGGAAAUUACGCCUGUAAGCUUCCAUGCGAGGUAGGAACUUGGCUCCUGGUACUGGGGCAAAGAGGGGCAGGGGAAGAGGUUGGUAGGUCUGGGGGCAAGAGUGGGAUGAAGCUGUUGUUCUCGAACUGCUUUUCUCAUUUCCUAGCACAGAGGAAGCACAAAACGCCCGUCGAUUCCCGAACUGCGAGACGGCUUGGUAGAGUUCCCUCUUGGGUGUGUGGACAAUUUCCCUUUUCUUUCUUCCAGGCAACAUAAAGCCCAGGUUGGGUUUGGCAGUGUCUCAAGAUGCAGCCCAGCAGCCCAGUGAAAUCCCAUCGGUUCAUGGCAUUGAAGCAAUGUGCAGGAUGACAGCCCUUGAGAAUAUCGCUUUCUCUCGCCAGUUCACAAAUGUUCUCUUUCGUUGCAGAUGGAUCGAACCCACUUUGUUCUUAACUAACUAAGCAAGCAACUGGUACUGACCCGGAUAUUGCCAGGCACUGAUUGUUUACCAUCAAGUUCUGCUCUGUUCUGCCUGAUUGUAGUUUUCAGAACCAGAGGAUUCCAGGUAAUUAUGGUUAUGUUAAUUACGUUAAUGACUACUGUGUAUAAAAACAAUCUAUGUUAUCUGGGCAAGGGAGUGGAAUAUUGGCAAAAAAAUUACCAAAGAAUUUCCGGGAGAAGGCAGCUGUUUCAGGGGCAGAAUUUUUUGUUGGUACUCAAACACAUCCAAAUAUGUUGUGGAUCGAAGCACUUAGGAAUGGAUUGUGGAUUCUAUAGAAGCAACUACUCUUGGGACAAAGGCGAGAAUGGAGCUCAGUCCAGUGGAUAAACCGAUUUAAGGGACUAGGACUGGGGGAGACAUUGCUGCCUCCUAUAUCCUCGGAGUGGGGAGGAUAUAUGCUUGAGGAAGUGAACUGUUGUAUAACCUCAAAUCCCGUGCUUUGUUUCUGCUCAAAAUGCUGUUAUUGUGUGAUUCCCUUAUGCCAUGCUUACUUUUGCUCCGUCAAACCUUUCCCUGAUUGUGUCCGUAAUUCAAACCCUGCUUUUUCCUUCCCAAAUUUCCUCAUCUUAGGUCUGAAAGGAUCCUUUACUUCCAUAUUACUGUGCAAUGGGACAGGGAGGGCAGCCAUUUUGGGUGUGUGUGUUUAUCAGUCUGGGAGCAACCCUCACCCUUGCUAGUGUGGACUGCUACAGUUGAGUUUGUGUGUGCGAGUGUUGGGAAGCGGGUGGCCGGCUUCCCAACUGAGGGUGAAGAAAGAGGUUGUCUGUUCUGAGGAAAAUGGCCGUAUGAGGUUUUGAGGUACCUUUGUGAGAUGGAACUCUUGAAUCCAGAGCUCCUAUGGGUUUCAGGUGGGGGUUGAAGGAAGAAGACGAGAAACCUGAAAAGUGAAAUCCCUACGACUUUUUGAACGAUAUAUGUGGGGAUAGAUGAGUGUUUCCAUGUAUACUUAUAAAAGGGAUGUUGUGUGUUUUCCGAAAAUGGUGUGUGUGUGUGUGUAUGUGUGUUGCCCUUGUGUGUCACACGGGCGAGCAUUUUGUUAUCACCUCAGUGGGUAUGUUCGCACAUGAUGGAAGGCAGGCAUGUAAGUCAGUGAGAAAACUAUGCAAUUUGCGUAAGUUUUGGCUUUGGCGGCAUGUACCGGAGUCUCUCUGUGUCUUUAUAUAACAUCUGCAAUAGGUUUUUUCAGAGUGGCUGCCAUAACAAGCGCAUGCAACAUGGCGGGGGCUUAAAUGGAAGAGGCUGCUACGUUUCUGAAUGCAUGCAUGAGGUAAACCUUGAGGUGUGCCUGUUGAUUUUGUACCGAUAACGGGGCUCCCAAUCGUCUCCCAUGGAGGUGCAGAUGAGGCCCAUUCCUUCUUAGCUUGAGCAGCGUUUCUGCCUUGGCACCAUUAUUGAUGCACUAAAUGGUCUCUGCCUUCAGACCAUUUAGUGCAUCAAUAAAGGCUUGUGUGUGAGGAACACACAUAUAAAGAAAAAGGCGUGUGUGUUCCUGUGCACAUUCUGCCCCUCAAAGAGGUCAAGUCCUAGGACCAGCUGACCUUCGAGAUGCAGACUUAAAUUCUGGAUAUGUGCGCACACAGUCUAGGCUCUGCAUUAUUGAAUCUGCUUCUGUGAUAUAGGAUAACUUUGCCACAGCAGAAAAGCAGAGAAGGGGAAUUCCAAGAAUGGUCCGUGGGGGGGGGGGGGUCCGUGAUGUAGAUCCAAUCUCUCCAAAGCUAAGCAGCCUGGGCCCAGCCUGUACCUAGAUGAAAGACCAGCCGGGAAACCCAUCUCUGCUGCCUUGAUUGUAGUGGAGGCAGGGCAGGAAAUAUAACGACAAAUAAAUACAUCCUGAAGACUAGUUAUUUGCUUUUUUUCCUGAUUGAAACCUUAAAUUCUAAAAUAUGGACCCAGACAGCAAUGCAGCAGAAAGCCUGUGGAUUUUGCGGGUGUUUGUGUGACUGCUGCUUCGAUAUUAUUGUGUAUCACGUCAGUUUUUUGCAUUGUGUGCCAUGGAGAAGCUGUGGUGGUGCAUAUCAGGUGUGGCCUGUUCCUGGAUGGGUGUGCCCAAUGCAUUCUGGGAUAUUCCCCAUGAUUUGGUACCCCAGCAGCAGCAGGGCAGUUCUGACCAUGCCUACUCAGAAGUAUGGCCUACAAACUUCAAUGGGGCUUAUAAGCAAAGUUAGGCUAGCCUUCUAAAUUUCCAACGCCAGCCAGAUGCCCUUUGGAAGCCUGCAGGCAGGGCAUAGAAACAAUAAUAGUCUGUUGUUGCUCCCAGCAAGCGUUAUUCAGUGACAAGCUGCCUCUGAACCUGAAGGGUACAUCUAGCCAUUGUGGCUAGUAGCCUUAUCCUACAGAAAUCUGACUCAUCCCCAUUUGAAGCCAUCUAAGCUAGUGGCCAUCACUGACCAUGGGUGUUGCUCAGGAGUGGCCCAAGGUAGCCUGAGCCCCACAUCUUUUACAUUGGAUAUUUGUUUCAUAGCAUUUAAAGGCAAAAAAAGAAACCCUUUGCUUUCAGAGUAGCUCGGCUCACUGCAAAUUGCAAUGCAGCUGAGACCACAGCUACACUCUUAACAUGCCCAGAGGUGAAGACAGGGGGAAAAUUCAAUUCAGUUCCCAUUAAAGGUGAAUGUACUGGGUUGGCACUUCCCCCAACAAAACAUGAAGCGAAACACCAUGAACUUUCGCAAUUUGCAGUUCUCCAAAUUUUGCAAUGCGGUCUCCAGCCCAAUGUAUACAAAAACACCAGGGUAAAGUGUGAAGAAAAUGAAUGCAUAUAUUAGUGAAAAUAACAGACCAAAAUGCAUUAUAUUAGGGGAAAGUGCUUUGCAAAAAAAAUGUGUAAUAGACACAUUUUUGUAUGCAAUUUUUCCCCAUAAGGAGGAAUUUACACUAAAAUGCUGGUGAAUUUUCACGAUUUGGAUUCCCCCCCCCCAAACAAAUCCACAAACUGAUGUUGAGAUCUAAACUUAGGAUUGGGAAAAAUUUGAAAUGGAGAGAAACCGAAACUGACAGAUUUGCCCAUCCCUAUCUACAGGCAGAUUUAUUGGUUGAUUAAUUACAUUUUUAUCCCACCUUUCCUCCAAGUAGCCCAAAGAGGCAUGUGUGCUUCUCCUCCUCUCUAUUUCAGGAUGACCCUGCAAAGUCUACCCACCAACCAAUUUGUGUCUGACUUCUUUUUAAGUACCUGGCAAUACCCCAACUGCCACGGCAUAUUGAGACAGAGAAUUCUGCAAGCUGAUGUUCUCCUUGACCUUUUGUAAGAAAGGGUCCCGUUUACAUUCUCAGCGAGGCAGGUGGUGCUGUUGGUGGUAGUAGGAAGGGGAGAAAACAUAUAGCAGCGCCUGGAGGCAUGAUUUUGAUAGCCUAGAAUACAAAAGGUGGAUGAAGGGAAAGUCUGGCGAGAUGAACAAUAGCAGGGCUGCCACAAAAUUUUGACGCAAUCCAAUGACUUUUCUCUUUGAAAGCAUACCAAAAACCAAAAUUUUUGAUUCCCCCCCCCCCCACCGCAAAGGUGGAUGAAGAUCGAGCACAAGAAUGAUACUGAAAGGUUGAUAGAAACCAGUUUCAGGGUGUAGAAUUUGCUGUUGGAUAAUGUGGAGUCAUAUGUGCAUUAUUUUCUUUGUCCUGGCUUCUCCAAUCUGAAAUUACACGUGCGACUUAAAAAUGUAGCAGUUCCAUUGCUUUGCUGUGCAGUUAAAGACAUUUGUGUGUGUCUGUUUGCAAGGUACAGGGGGAAGCCUCCUUUAUUAGUUAAGAAAAAUAUAGCUCAAAAGUGGGGGGGGGGAGGGAAGCCCCGCGAACAACAAGACACUGGCGUGAUUAUUCGGUGCAAUGAGUUUUCAUCCAUUCUGAAGUGCUAAUGAUGCAGGCAUGUAAUAUUUCUGUUUGGAAAAAUUAAACAAUAAAUUUUGAAGCAGAAACUCUGAAAUACCCUGUCUUUCAGGGGAUCGGACAAAUUUUACAUGAGGUUGUGUCUUUCCUCUCUUAUUUAUAACCCUGAUGUUUUUCUGAUUCUGUACUGCACUCAUGUUCAUGUGUGCUUAGCUCCAUCAUAUUUUUGGUCCAUUUUGUAUCCCUUUGCUUUUUGAUUUGGACUAUGGCAUAUCAUAAAGUAUUAUGAAUGCGUUGCCUGCUGUAGCUGCGCCUUUGCAUUUGUGUUGCUCCUACUCAGUGAGCUUUGCAUUAUUACUCUGUGUUAAACUGAGUUGUAAUGGAUAUUUUUUCAUCUAUAUGCUAUCAGGUUCUGUUAGCUGCUGUUUGUCUGGUAUGCGACGUUUAUCAGUCCGAAAACAUAGCGACUUUCAGAUGAAUGAAUCCCAUUCUUGUAAUUUUCCUUUUGCAUUUGUAUUUUCAAAUUGCUUUCAUCUUAUCCCAAGAGGUUUGUCUUAAGUGCAUUGUUUCAAAAGGUUCAGAUAGGAACGAAUGCAAACUUGCUUGAAUUAACUAAGCUUUCUGCUGAUUUGAUUUGUGAUUUCCAUCUGUCGCUUAUGGGGCUAUAUUGCACAUUCAUCAACACUGAUUCAUCAAUAUUCUUAAUUUUACUGUGCCUUUUAUUUUGCUUUCUUGCUCUUUUACAAUAGCACGCUUCAAGCAACAUAGCCUCCAAACUCAAAAUUUCUGUAUAGCUCAGAACUUGGUUAAAUCCCUCAGAUUGCCCCCGGAAUAGCCAGACUAAAUGUUAUUGCAAGAGAUCUGUAACCAGCAUCUCCUUUAAAAGGGGGGGCUUCUUGAGAAUAUGGGGGUCUAAAUUUGGACAGGACCACCCCUGAAGCUGCUAUUUGCCAUGCAGGUGAAAACAUACAGGUUGCCCCUCCCCUUGUCUGACCAAAGGUACUUUUCACAUAGAGAAAAUAGAGAUUGUUUUCAACUUGGCAGAACAGCAUGAGGAUACAAUUAAGCCCCUCCCCUAGUGCCGUGGUCCCGAUCCAAUUCCCAGGCCUUCCCCGAUGGCUGUUUUGGACUCCAACAAGCAAAGAGAAACUGUUGGGGAGCCUGAUCUCUAGGAAUGGAGGAGAAAAUUGAUUCCGUUCGCAUUGAAUGGCAAACUUUCGGGAUUCGCACUUUCUGAAAUAGUGUGCGAAGUGAAACACAGCCAUCCGUCGAAAAAUUCAUACUUCUCCCUUCAAAGAUGGUGGUGAUUGUGAUUUUAUUGUUUAUUAAAUUUGUGCACCGCUCCUCCACCCGCAGAUCUCAGGGUGGCUCACAACAUUAAAAACACGGCACAAAAACACAAAAUGCAGGAUAAAAGCAAGAACAAAAAAACAACAAGCCAGUAAAUAAAGAUGCGGAACAUGCUGGCAACAUCCGCUGACUGCUACUUGGCCCAGGCUGAACAGAGCUGCUCCAAUAGGGGUACAGUUUCCUCCAAGAGGACUCUGGUCAAUCAGGGUUCAUGUCCCUGGCUGGGAAUUGUUGCUUGUGCACAUGACGUUAUCAAAGACUCACAUGUUCCUUCUAGGCUGGGUGUGUGUGUGUGUGUGUGUGUGUGCAGGGAUGUACCUCCAAGCCCAUCAGCCUAACCCAGCCUUCCAGCCCUAUCCAUUUGGCCUGAGACACCGUUUUGGGCAAGCAACAUCCACCUGCCCUACACCUGACACCAGGUGUGGGGCAGGUGAAGGUAGGGAUUGGCGAAACAAGACUUUGUAGGGACGGCAAAGUCCUUUGCCAGCCCUGUGCUUGGUAAGCCUCCUCCUAUAUUUGGUACGAAUUGUCAUGUGUGCAGUCAUGUGUGCAGCAUAUGCCCUGACCGUUGUGCCAAUGUGUGUCUGGCGGAUUUGUGUUCUCUGCAUGUCGCUGUGAGGCACAUUCUCUUGCGAUGCGUGUAUAUAGGCCUUUCCUAAAUACAGGGUGCGUGCAAAGGACUUUCUGAUCCUUACUUCGCUUUUCACAUACUAAUUCGGCUGGCUUCGCCCUGCCAAGAGGUGCAGUGAGCUGCCGUUGUGACCCCCCACUUACUUGGGAUUAACCCCUGCUGAACUCAGCAGGAUUUGCUUCUGAAUAGGCACUGUUAGCGUUGCAGCCUUAGAUCGCCAAAGAAGAAGAAGAAGAAAAAGAAGAAGGAGGAGGAGGAGAAGAAAUCAAGAUUUUUAAAAUUUAUAGCAGAUGCCUUUUUUUUUAUUUCUGCCUUGGGCAGAAAAAUUCCCUUGGUCCGCCCUGUCAAUUCUUCCAAAUGUAUGCUAAUUUAAAAUAACUAUAUAAGUCAUUUAUAUGGGUCACCUGAUACUUCGGGCAGCUCACAUCGUAAAACGAUAAAACACAAAACCAUAAAGCAACAAACUGCAGCAUAAAAAAUAGGCAGCAGCGAGCGAGAAGUGAGCAACAGAACCAGUUUUACAGCCGGACUAUAAAUACACAACAUGUAAACAGUGGUUCAAAGAGAAGUUAAAACCAAGCCAGGGAUACUGUGUGUGCAUUAUGGUUUGCUCCCUCCUGGCAUCUGAGGUUGAAAACUUUGCCCAGAGGCAAGAAGCAAACAUUUUAAACUUGGCCGCGAGUCUGAAGCCGUCAAGGGGGAGAAAGAAACCUCAAUGUACGAAGGAAGUGCUAUUGUCAAAUCUGCAAAGGAGCCGUAUUCAAAAUACUUGCUACCCUUUACAUGUGCUUUGUAAACUGAGUACAUUUCUUAUUUGUGAAGCCCAGUGUGGUAUCCUGUGCCUUUGGUCGCUUCCAAACGACCUCUUUAUCGAGCAUUCAUCCUGAUUUGUAUGCACAAUGUUUGCAGGCAGGUUAGACAAGGUCGGUGAUUUAUUGAGCAUUCGUUUGUGAGUGGAGCUUAAGGUGAUGUCGCGUCAAGCAAAUGUUACCCCGAACUUUGCAGUGUGUUUCCUCAUCGCUUUUCCUAUUGUGGUAAAAAAAAACCACCCCCGGGGUGUGUGUGUAGGAAGCACUUUCAUUGCACGGAAACUCCGAUUCAGCUUUAAUUGUCCAGCCUGAAUUUGCCUGCAUGUGAUUGAAUUCAACCCGAAAACAGCGACUGUCUGGAAGCACCCUAUGUUGUGUAAUGUGUUUUGGCAUCCGCAUGCUAUGGUAUCCACCUAACACUGUAGUCUGGGUUGGGGAAUAUGACACAAUGUGUUUUUCUCUGUAUGCCGAGUCCUCAGUGCGCAGAUGUGGUAGUGACUUCAGAGCAAGGGUGUACAACCUUUCUGCUUUGUUUUGUUGCAAUGGCCGCUAUGAGCUGGGCCCAAACCAGUGGUGGUGAAGACCAGAACCAAAAGCACAUAUGAGACCACUCCUUCCUCCUUUUUCUUGCUUUUUCUGACAUUCCUUUUUCUCUGUCCGUCUCUUCCUUUUACACCCUGCAGGGGAAGGACAGAUCUUUCGCUUGCUGACAAGGGGGCCGAGGGCCCCCCCAAGUUUCAAGGAGGGGGGCUGGGUCCCCUCAAUAUUUUGCAGCAACAUGUGCACACUUGUGCAUGCAUGACAUGCGCACGUCACACAGCAUGUGUGCGUGUAUAUGACGCGAGCAUGUCGCACGCACUGGGUGCCUCAGUCGUGGGGACAGACUGGCUUGCCUGCUCACUGGAGCCUUGCGCUGAAAGCUUGCAGAAGGCCACAUGGAAUAAGCCCAGUGUUGGGUCUGCACACUGCUGUGACGCACCUGUUCAGGAAUAUGGUUGUGAGCUUUCUGUAACUGGCGGCCGGUUUGUUUCCAGGACUAUUUCAAGGUGCUCAUGCUAGUUUUAAAACUGUACAGUACAUGACUUAGGCCCCAAGAUUGGCAAGACCUCUUCAUUCCCUACAGCCCCUCCCAGGUGUCAUGUUCAGCAGAAAGGGGGGGGUCCUCUUGGUAGUUUGUUUGUUUAUUGAAUUUAUAUACUGCCCUACAUAAAUUCAAUACAGCCCUAUGGGGGACCCGGGUGGCGCUGUGGGUUAAACCACAGAGCCUAGGACUUGCCGAUCAAAAGGUCGGCGGUUUGAAUCCCCACGACGGGGUGAGCUCCCAUUGCUCAGUCCCUGCUCCUGCCAACCUAGCAGUUCGAAAGCACGUCAAAGUGCAAGUAGAUAAAUAGGUACCGCUCUGGCGGGAAGGUAAAUGGCAUUUCCGUGCGCUGCUCUGGUUCGCCAGAAGCGGCUUAGUCAUGCUGGCCACAUGACCCAGAAGCUGUACGCCGGCUCCCUCGGCCAGUAAAGCGAGAUGAGCACCACAACCCCAGAGUUGGCUGCGACUGGACCUAAUGGUCAGAGGUCCCUUUACCUUUAUACUGCCCUAUACCCAGAGGUCUCAGGGCAGUUCACAGAAAAGAUCACAAUAUAUAAAAUCAGAAUAAGAACAAUAACCCAAUAAUAACCUCCACCAAAAAAGAGCCACAUUUUAAAAGGGUAAAAGGAUGUCGAUCAGGUCAACCAAAGGCCUGGUUAAAAAUGAAUGUUUUUGACUGGCGCCUAAAGGUAUGUAAUGAACAGGGCUGUCUUACCUAUAGGCGCUAGGGGUGUGGGGCACGCACCCGGGCGCCAGGCUCUCAGGGCGCCAGGCCAAGAGUAUGGGGCCCGAGAGUUGAGUCUGGGGAAGAGCCCACCUGCCUGCCGAUUGGAGCGCUGCGGCAGGCUCUUCUGCUGCGGGUUGCUCUGCGCCGCGAGUUUGGGGGCAACCGAGCCAGCGAGAUGCUGAGGUGGCUGGCCAGCUCUGCUCUCCUGCGUGACUAGGACUGGGAAACCGGGUGGGGGGUGCAGGGCGGAUCUUUGCACCCCGGCAUCGCAUAUGCUUAAGACAGCCCUGGUAAUGAAGGCGCCAGGUGAACUUCCCUGGGGAGAACAUUCCACAGACAGGGGGCCACUGCAGAGAAGGCCCCUUCUUGUGUUGCCACCCUCCGGACCUCUCAGGGAGGGGACACAUGAAGGUGGGCCUCAGAAGUUGAUCUCAGUGUCCAGGUAGGUUCAUAUGGAAAGAGGUGGAAACCUACCUUAGAGUUUUGGGGUGUUGGUGGCCCAGGAGACGGCAUUCUCUGUGGCAGCCCCUGACUUCUGGAAUCCCCUCCUGGCUGAGGUUGCAUCUGGCUUCUUCACUAUCAGUGAACAUUGAAGACACACCCCUUUACCCUGGCCUAUGACACCUGUGAUGUGUGUUUUCAGGGCCCACCCUAUUCCUGCAACUGUCAUCUGUUUUAAAAUUCUGAAAUUUAAAUUGCUAUAAUCACACCCCCCCCACAGGAUGUGCUAUGGAGGGUGGGGUGGGAGGUUGAUAAUAAUAAUGGUCAAGAAUAGAUAUAUAAAGUGACGGAGUCAAUCUCUUGGCUCUCCUCUGAUGCUCUUGAACAAAGUUCAUAAAAACCUCAGCUCAGCCGGUUAGAGCGUGGUGCCGAUAACGCCAAGGCAGUGUUAGAAACUGAAAUAUGAAAGCUAGCAGCUAAAUGGCACCUUAAGCCAGGGGUCAGCAACCUUUUUCAGCCAUGGGCCAUCCACCUUGUGGUGGGCCGGACUAUUUGGACUAUUUUAUUUGGGGGGGGGGUGAACAAAUUCCUAUGCCCCACAAAUAACCCAGAGAUGCAUUUUAAAUAAAAGCACACAUUCUACUCAUGUAAAAAUACCAGGCAGGUCCCACAAAUAACCCGGAGAUGCAUUUUAAAUAAAAGGGCACAUUCUACUCACGUAAAAACAUACUGAUUCCUGGACCAUCCGCGGGCUGGAUUUAGAAGGCAAUUGGGCCGCAUCCGGCCCCCGGGCCUUGGUUUGCCUAUUCCUGCCUUAAACCUAGGUUAUGGGCGCAACAACGGAAUGUCUAGGCGCGCUUUUUUAUAACAAGAAUACAAAGCUGAAAAUGAAUGAACUGCAGCUAAAACUUUUUCACGUGCUCUAGUCCUGCCCCUGCUCACCCCCCUAAUAUUCUUAAGAGGGUCUCUUCUCCAGUCUUCAUAGAGUAGCUGGAAGUGGGGAGGCAGAAAAAGGUCCUCCUUUCCUUCUACUCUGCAGUUUUAAUUUGAAAUCUUAGGUACAGUACUGCCCCCAGAGCUCAGAAACUGCUCGCGCUAAUGAGAUUCCCUGUCGCAAAAUGCGCCUAGAACAGGGGUCUGCAACCCGCGGCUCCGGAGCCGCAUGUGGCUCUUUUACACCUUUGCCACGGCUCCGGGGCGGAUACUAGCGAGGGGAGGAGGCGCAUUGUGCGCCCCGACACUCCCCACUGUGGCGGGCGCUGUACUGGCUGUGACGUCGCAUGGGGGCGGUUCGUGCGUUAGUCACGCACCAUCCCGACGUCACCUUUCCGCCCGCCCACCCACUACAUUGUAAGGGGCAUGUACACUGGUCACUGCAUUGAAAGGGGGCAUGUACGCUGGUCACUGUUUUGAAGGGGAGUGAAGAACACACACACACACAAAAAGGUAACUUGUUAAUUUAACGUUUAUUUCUAUGAGGAGGAGUAAUUCUGAGAGGUCAAACAAAGAAAUAAUAAAAAAGUGACAAAAAAGUUAUUUUUAUAAUGACGAGUUUUGCGGCUCCCAGUUUUUUUUUCUUCGGAAACGGGUCCAAGUGGCUCUUUUUGUCUUAAAGGUUGCAGACCCCUGGCCUAGAACAACAGGAGUUUUGAACGCUGCACCAAGGUUGUGGGUUCAAUUCCUGCAUUGCAGGGGGUUGGAGUAGAUGGGGUCCCUUCCAACUCUACAACUCUAUGCUUCUAAAGUAGAGGGGGAUUCUUUAAACAAGGUGCAAAAGAUCCUCAGAUUAGGUGCAGCAAACGUUAACACUUAAGAAUAAAAUACUUAAAAGUGUGCUGCCGGCCUUGGUGCAAGAUCCUCGGGGCAAGACUGCUCGGUAGCUGUACUCACCCUUUUCCAUAUUGACUUGAGAUCAGUGGUUUGUUUGAACUAGAGUCAGAAAUACUUGUUGGCAAGGCAAAGACGGGCCUUACUGGCUGCCAAUCACAGGGGCUGUUGCUGCACAACCUUAUUCCUUUCUGCACCUGUACAGGAAAGCCAGAGGCUCACACUACAAGCAGCCAUCAGGGGUGGACUUUGGGGUCUCAAAUUUCAGGGGUGCCCUGGGUGAUGCCACCUUCCAUUCUACAUCAUAGUUGUGGCAUCCCCAGUGGUGCCCCUGAUGCUCUGUGCCCAGUGCGGCCAAACUGGUUGUGCUCCCCUAAAUCUGCCUCUGCAGCCAUUGUCAGGUACCCGAUCAGAAUUGGGAUCCUGGCACGGGGUGGUGUAACAUUUUACCCACAAACACACACACACUGUGGUCCCAAAUCUGGAUUGUGGGGCUCACAUUUGCUGCAAUUAGAGUCUCCCCACAUAUGUGAUUGCAGGCAUGGAGGUCCCUGUGUGGAUUUGGGGACACGGGGUGGGGGGUGUCCCAGUCUGGGUCCCAGGCCCUGUACUGAUUAUUUUGAAAAGAAAAAGCUUGCACUUAGGGUCAAAAAUGACGGACAUCAUGCUUAAUUUGGUAGAUCGCUAAGCCCCAGUUUGAGAUAACGAAGUUUCCAGUUUGGGCUGGGACCCGAAAUUCCCAGAUGUGGUCAAGUCCCAGGUUAUUUUUGACACUCUCCGUAAGUCAGAAUGUCUGUUUCACAGAGCUGGGGAGCUGUUUGGAAAAUAAGCACAAGCGUGCUCCCAGGAACGGAUAGGCUGAGUGUCCAAAGGAAUUUUUGUUUGCUUGUUUGUUUUAAACAUACAUGCUCCUCCCUAAAUAAAUUUGAUUUAAGGGUGGUUUGCCAUCAGGGCAGUUUACAAUUUGUAAAGAAGGGCUUAGCCCAGUAGAGAGCACACACUUCGAAUGCAGAAGGCUCUGGGUUCAAUCCCUCCAGGCAGGACUGAGAAAAGCAAAUGAUUGCCUGACACCCUGGAGAAGGCAGAGGAAGUGGAGUGAAGAGCAUUAUGUGGGCUGACUGGGGUGGGCUGUAACAAAGAGACAGAGAGCAUGGUUGAUUUCUCUGUUCUGAGACCAAAGCCUGCUGAGCCUAUGGGAGAAGCCAGAGAUCUGGAAAUGGGAAUGUUCUGAACACUCUCCAACUAGAGUCAAGUUGUAUAUCUGCAAAUAAACCACAUAUCCAAAGGACACCCCAGUCUCCUCUUUGCCCCAUUUCCAAAGGAAACACAGACCCUGGGUAAAGCACACCUAGAACUCCUUCAAUCAUCAUAGGGAUUGGGGUGGCGUGUAAUAAGGCUUUUAAAUGUAUGGUGUGUAUCACACUUGACAGUGAUGUUUUGGUGUGAAAAUAAAGUGUCCCGGUUUUCAUUUCUGCAGUUUUGGAGAGUUAAUAGAGGCAGUGUUGUCAGGCUGUCACAAUUCUCCUGCACAUCCCCUUAGUACAAAAAAAAAAGGUAAAGGACCCCUGGCAGUUAAGUCCAGUCGUGAAGGACUCUGAGGUUGCGUGCUCAUCUUGCUUUACUGUCCGAGGGAGCCGACGUUUGUCCGCAGACAGUUUUUUGGGGUCAUGUGGCCAGCAUGACUAAGCCGCUUCUGGCGAAACCAGAGCAGCACACGGAAACGCCAUUUACCUUUCCGUCGGAGCGUUACCUAUUUAUCUACUUGCACUUUGACGUGCUUUCGAACUGCUAGGUUGGCAGGAGCAGGGACAAGCAACGGGAGCUCACCCCGUUGCGGGGAUUCGAACCGCCGACCUUCUAAUCAGCAAGUCCUAGGCUCUGUGGUUUAACCCACAGCGCCACCCGCGUCCCUUAACCUUGUGUAUAUCAGCCUGCAAUUUAAAACAAGGCUUCAUGCAUCUGAUGAAGUAGGCUGCAGUGCUCAGGAGCAAGGUUGGCAGGAGCUGGGACCAAACAAUGGGAGCUCACCCCAUCGCAGGGCUUCGAACUGCCGACCUUCCAAUCGGCAAGCCCUAGGCUCUGUGGUUUAGACCACAGCGCCACCCGCGUCCCAUCCCCUUAGUACACACCUGUAUUAUUAUUAUUAUUCCUACUCUGGUCUCUUAUUGCACUAAUACAGCAAUUUUGCAAUUCUGACUUUUCAGCUUUACAGCCUAGGCAUCUGAGAUGUGAUGAUUCCAGGGUACCAUCGACAGUUGGGCUACACAAACUCUAGGGGGAACAGCUCCCUAUUCUGUUCCUAAUCUAGGUACUGCCUUGUUUUUCUGUUCUCGCUCUCAGCUUUUCCUAGGAUAGGGAAGGCAAAGGGUGAGGACGGCCCUCUGUUCAAAACUUUCACUGCAGUUCUUAUCCAACGCUGCUGCACUAUGGAUUAACUAUGGAUGCUUUUAAAAAGAGUCAACAAAACAAUUGCCCUCACUCGAGUUCUAAAAAUCUGGUGGUGGCAAGCUAAGGUCAAGGUUUCAGAGCAGAUGUGGGGAAACCUCUGGACUGCUAAGCGUUGUUGAACUACAACUCCCAUCAUCCCCAGCAAGCAUGACCAGGGGAUGAUGGGAGUUGUAGUCCAACAACGUCUGGAGGGUGAAAGGUUCCCAGUUUGAGAGGCUUGGUGUCAAGCUAUUGGCUGUUUAGGGCCGGUACAGGUCAGUAUGGCCGGAGACACCUGGGGCAGGAGGGUCGAUAUCAACACAUUCAUGCAACAUAUGCCCGUCUCCCAAAUUCAUGGUCUGCAAACACUUCAUCUGCCCAGCCACAUGCAGCUUCUGCCUGCCUAUCUGCUCCCUUACUUAUCCAGCUACUUCAAUUUUAUCCAUUCAUAUUGCUCACCUGCUUGGGUCUGCUUCCUGCUUUUCCCUCCCUCCUGCUUUGCCUGAAUAUUUAGCUGGGGACCAGGAUGGGAUGAAUGGGAGUAGCAACUGAGGACCACCAUCACCUAGAGAGCCUAGAGGGAGGGAGAGAGAGAGGCAAAUGAGGUUUUAGUGCUAGGAAUAUCGGGGGGCUUUGGCUGACACGAAGGACUGACAAAGGCAAGAAUUGGGUGCUUUUACGGCCCAUGCAAAGGGAACCUGCCGGAGGUAUGGGAUCAGGUGGUGCUGGGUAGCCAGAACAAAAGGCUGGGCAGCCAGACCCUGUUGAUACACCCUGGGUCUGCAUCUGCAGCCGCUGCUUUCAAGGACACGGCAAGCGGCUCUUGACAUGUUGAGAACAGCAGGUCCCUGCGGUGGAGGAGAUCUCUGGCUGUGCAGUGUGCAUGGAUAGAGACACAUUGCUCUCUCUCUCUCUCUCUCUGUGGCCUCUUUGAGUGCCCCACCACUAAUAAACCUGGCAUGCGGUAGCCAUGCAUAAAAAUGGGGGCAGGGUAGGAAAUCAGAGGGAAAGACACACAAUUCUCAGACCUUACAUGUGUCCCUAUUUUCCAGGGACGUCCCUGACUUAGAGAAGCUGUCCCGAUUUCUGAUUCGAUCCCAGAAUGUCCAGCUUUUCAUUAUGACGUCCCUGUUUUCAUUGGAGGAAUGUUGGAGGGUAUGGGGUUAUCUGACCCCUGAGCUGUCUGAAGGCGAUCCUGUAUAGGGAAGGGUGUUUUUUUUUAAUGUUUAAUGUUUUAUUAUGUUUUUAUAUAUGUUGAUAGUUGCCCAGAGUGGCUGGGGCUACCCAAUAUGAUGUGGGAGGGCUAUAAAUUAUCAUUAUGUAAUGGGAUGUCUCUAUUUUCAUCAGAGAAAUGUUGGGGGGGGGUAUGCAGUUUAUAAUUCAAAUCCAGGGCUUUUUUUCCAGCCGGAACUCACCAGAACUCAGUUCUGGCACCUCCUUGGUGGGUGCCAUUGCCAUUAUAAGAGAACAAGGGAGGUGUUCAGGGUGAAGUUCCAGCACUUCGCUUUCUAGAAAAAUAGCAAUGCCCAAGACUAUAUACAAUCUUUUCUUAGUUCAAAUGUUUUAUUGCCAGAGACCAAGUACAGUGGUACUUCAGGUUAAGUACUUAAUUCGUUUCGAAGGUCAGUUCUUAAGCUGAAACUGUUCUUAACCUGAAGCACCACUUUAGCUAAUGGGGCCUCCUACUGCCGCCGCGCCGCCAGAGCACGAUUUCUGUUCUCAUCCAGAAGCAAAGUUCUUAACCUGAAGCACUAUUUCUGGGUUAGCGGAGUCUGUAACCUGAAGCGUAUGUAACCUGAGGUACCACUGUAUACUCUUUACUUCUUCCCCUCUUUCUUGAGUGGUGGGAAAGAAAGGAAAUCAGUUUCCUUCAGCCCUAGAGACUUUCUCUCUCUAGGCAAUGACUAUUUUGUGUAUGUCCAGUUGAUGCACGACCACUGACAGGCGCACCGCUUUUGACCCCAGAAGCAGCCGGGGUGGGGCGGAACAGGGCAGAAUGGGUGUGAAAUGGGCUUACACAUGACCGCUCACCCUGUGAAAAUGGGGAGUUUCCUUUAUAUUCAUAAGCCUCUGUGUUUGUUUGUUUGUGUGUGUGUGUAUCUAUGCAGCUGAGAAGGAAUGAAUUCAUGAUUAUUAAAUUUACACCACACCUUUUUCCCCUCAAGGAGCUCGUGGUGGCAAAUGUGGUUCUCUCCCCUCUCCAUUUCACCCACACAACCACCCUGUGAGGUUGGUUAGGCUUCGUGGCCGAGUGAGGAUUUGAACUCUGGUCUCCCAGGACUUAGUCCAACACUCGAACCGCUACGCCACAAUGGCGUUCCGAGUGAGAUGGUUUUCAGCAGCUCAGGGAGAACCUGAGGCACCAAUCCUCUGCAGCUCAGCGAGCUCGGAGCGUAGAAAGACAAGCAGCAUCUCAAGCCUUUACAGUACAGUGGUACCUCAGGUUAAGAACUUAAUUCAUUCCGGAGGUCAGUUCUUAACCUGAAUUUGUUCUUAACCUGAAGCACCACUUUAGCUAAUGGGGCCUCCUGCUGCCGCCGUGCCAUCGGAGCACGAUUUCUGUUCUCAUCCUGAAGCAAAAUUCUUAACCUGAGGUAAUAUUUCUGGGUUAGUGGAGUCUCUGACCUGAAGCGUCUGUAACCUGAAGCGUAUGUAACCCGAGGUACCACUGUAUUCUAGUAACAAACCCCAAUACUUCUGCUCCUGAGAGCUUUGCAUUCCAGGGAUGAGGAACCAGUCUCAACCUGAGGGCCGCCUUCCCUUUCACACAAGUUUGUGGAAGCCGCAUGCCCCUGGUGGGCGGAGCCAGAGGCAGGAAUGGGUGGAGCAAUGAAUUUGGCAUUUGUUCAGUAGGCUAGUUUCUACACACAUGACUCUGUAACCUCUAUCCAGACAACUGAGAGGCAUGAUCAGAGUUAAAGGGCACAUUCUAGCUAGGCAAGAACCAUCAAGAAGGGUCUGAAGCUUCCUACCCCUGGGGUAUUCCAUGAACAGUGCAAAACAGGCUUAAAAGAGUGUGUGUGUGUGUGUUUAGUUAAUAGCCAUAUAACCAAUUUGCCCAACAUAAGGGCAGGGAACAGCCUCGAGGGUGAUUCUUUUAUGCAGCCAGCGUUGUCAAGUGGGUUUUAUUGCUGGACUUGAAUUUGGUAAUCUUGGAUUCAAAUCCCUUUUCUCUGGGAAAACAACUCUUAUUCCUCCUCAUUCCCUUCUCUGUAAAAGGACGUAACUAAGACCUUAUUACGACACUUUCCAUUUGCAUCCUGUCUUUCUUCUGAGGCAUUCAACACAGCAUACCUGGCGUUUCUUGCCCAUUUUGUCCUCACCUGUGACGUAGGUUAGAAUGAGGGCCGGGAACCGGUCCAAUGCCACCCUGUGAGCAAACUCUAGGGCUGGCCAGGAAUUUCAACCUGGGUCACCACAGGUCCUAGAUCCGCCCUCUAACCGCUAUACCACACUGGCUCUCGGUCGAUCGGGGAUGGCGGGGACUGGUUGUUGGCAUUAGUCCAGGGGUCAGCAAACUUUUUCAGCAGGGGGCUGGUCCACUGUCCGUCAGACCUUGUGGAGGGCCGGACUAUAUUUUGAAGGGGAAAAAAUGAACGAAUUCUUAUGCCCCACAAAUAACCCAGAGAUGCAUUUUAAAUACAAGCACACAUUCUACUCCUGUAAAAACACCAGGCAGGCCCCACAAAUAACCCAGAGAUGCAGUUUAAAUAAAAGGGCACAUUCUACUCAUGUAAAAACACGCUGAUUCCUGGACUGUCCAUGGGCUGGAUUUAGAAGGUGAUUGGGCCGGACCUGGCCCCCGGGCCUUAGUUUGCCUACCCAUGCAUUAGUCUGUCUUGAGAGACAAUGGAGUUUGCCUGCAGGGGUGAAGUCAAACUGCUGUGUUAGUAGCACCAAAGUGACCUCCCUGGCGGAGCAAGGCUGGGCAGUGUGUAUGAGGGUCCUAGGCUGCCCGGACAACAGGACCCUCCUCUCGGCCUCACUGAUGUGGUCCAAAGGAAAGCAGAGCCAUACAUUUGGCACCAGCUUGGCUGUAGGAGGUGCUGGAGUGAGGUGUACGAGGUGCCAUCCAACCGUCUUGGGGACACCACUCUGGAUUUGUUUAGGGUUUACGCCUUAGCCUUUUCUUCUCCUGAAGAUGUCCCACAAGGCAGUGGAGGUUUAGGAUCAGAAUUUCCUUUUCCUAGAUGGGCUACCUUCCCAGGUGGACUAGUCCCCUCUGCCCAUCACUUCCCCCCACAGUACAUGCAGAAAACACCUUCUUCUUUUGUAUUGAUAUAAUUAUUACUUUUUCUAUUUUACAAUUUCAAAUAAACAUUUUAGGUACUUUAAAAUAUCCAGUGGCUUCCCUUUUUCUCUUUCCAUGGUUCAUUUUGCCUAUCUUACAUCCCUGCAUAUUUUACAAUAACCAUUCCAAUCGGUUUUCCCAAAAAACAUGUUUAGGGGUACUCUCAUUUUCCUACUCAUAUUGAAAUACUGCCCCUCAAUGAGGCCAAACUUAGAUUCACAAAAUGUUUAGGGGUAUGCGUACCCCCUGCCUCCCCCGCCCAGAAAAAAGCACUGAUUAUAUCCAUCAAAUAUGUUUUAGUCUGUUUGCUUUAUCUUAAAGCUGCCAGUGUUUUCAGCUGUACACAGUUGUUUUCCGUAUACUCAAUAAACGUUUUCCAUCUUCUUUAAACCUAUUCUUCUUUCCCUCUUAUUCUGUAUGUUCCAUCUGCCAGUUGCGCAUAUUCUGUCAACUUAAGUUGCCAAACCUCUUUUAGUUGGGACCUCGCUCACUUUCCGUUUUGGGGCUAACAGAACACCUUUUCUGGUAGCUGGGGAUUUCUGGCACCUAGGAAAAUGCCUUAUUUUUAUUUUUUAAAAAUUUUGUUAUUAAAGAUUUAUUAGUUUACAAAAAAAUUGUGCAUUGUCUCUUUUUUCAAGUUGCAUUUUCUACAGAUCAGUUUCAUUUGUUGUGAGACAUUAGCAUUACAGUGUUCAGUUAGGAAGAAAAUAGGGGGAAGAGGUGAGGAAUCGUAAGUGGGGUGGGGUCAGGUGGCAAUGCGUCUAUUCUUCUACUUCGUGUAUGUGUGGGGUUUUGUGUCAGCGUCACUUGUGUGGGUUCUCUUACUAUUGUUGUAUUUUCUUGUUGUAUUUUCUUGGUGGUGAGAGAGGUUGGGGGUGCCCUAGAGUGUGGUUGUUUGUCUUUGAUUGGCUGUAGUGAGAUUUGUUUUCGUGUGUGUGUGUGUGUGUGUGUGUGUUUGGAUCAGGUUAUUGGAUCAGCAGAUUAUUGCUGUUGUCUUGUUGGACUAUGUAUGUGAUAAAGGGGAACCAUACUGGGGUGAAGGCGUCUUCUUCUAUUUGUCCCCAUGUCAGUUUCAGAUUAUUGGUUAGUUUUUCUAAUAAGGUUGCUUCCCAUACUAUUUGAUACCAAUGGUCCAUGCUUACUCCUGACAGGUCUCUCCAGUGUCUGGCUAUGAUGCUUCUGGCUGGGUUAUGAGCUCUUUGUGAUAUGAGUGGGCAUUAUUAUCUUGGAAAAUGCCUUCUAGACCAUUGGACUGACUCUUGGUCUCUUCCGCUCACUCCACCGAAGCCUGGUACAAAAAGCUGUGUGUUAAAGGUGUUGAACGUGGCCGCCUAUACACCAUACAUUUAAAGCACAUAGCAUCUCCCAAAGAAUACAGGAAACUAUAGUUCACCACUGCAGACCUACAGUUCCAGGCACAGUCAACCAACUACAGUUACCAGGAUUAUGAUGUGCUUUAAAUGUAUGGUGCGUAUGCUGACUUAGUGGGUGAAUUCCUGAAUUCUAGGCCCUGUAACUGCAUCCCCCUUUAACCUUUGUAUUCAGCACCUGUGGACUAAUGGUUUCUCUCUCAUUCUUGUCUUUCAGGUUUAUCUGGGGCAGGGCGUGUGCCCUGCAGCUCGUGUCCCUCCAGGUGGGGGGCAUCCAUCCAGCAGCCCCACUUCCCUUCUCCCUACCCCUCUGGCCUUCAGCUCCAUUCCAUGGGGGUGGAUGGCAUGUAUGAGAAGAGCAGAAUGCUGAACAUACAGAACAGCACGUGGGGCAGUCGCCAAGAGUGGUACCAAGACAGUUUGGUGACAGGACCACCCAACCCUGGUAUGAAGGGAUGGGGGAUGAAUUCGAUUCAGUUUGCAUUUACUUGCUUAAUUUGCAGUUUCUAAAAGGAUACCUCAUCAUCAUCAUCAUCAUUAUUUAUUGAAUUCAUAUACCGCCCUAUACCUGGAGGUCUCAGGGUGGUUCACAGAAUAAAAUCAAGGUAUAAAACCACAAAAUUACAUAAUAAAAACAAAAAACAACCCAAUAGCUCCCCCCCCCAAAAAAAACACAUUUUAGAAGGGCAUAGGUUGUAAAAUCAAGGUAUGAAACCACAAAUUACAUAAUAAAAACAAAAACAACCCAAUAGCUUCCCCCCCUCAAAAAAAACACACAUUUUAGAAGGGCAUAAGUUGUAAAAUUGGAACCACCAAAGGCCUGGUUAAAAAGGAACAUUUUUGCCUGGUGCCUAAAGGUGUAUAAUGAAGGUGCCAGGCGAGCUUCCCUGGGGAGAGCAUUCCAUAGACGGGGAGCUACUGCAGAGAAGGCCCCGUUCUUGUGUUGCCACCCUCCGAACCUCUCAAGGAGGAGGCACACAAAGGAGGGCCUCAGAAGAUGAUCUCAGGGUCUGGGUAGGUUCAUAUGGGGAGAGGCGGUCCUUGAGGCAUUGUGGUCCUGAGCCGUUUAAGGCUUUAUAGGUCAAAACCAGCACUUUGAAUUGGUCCCGGAAACUAACCGGUAGCCAGCGCAGUCAGACCAGGAUCAGUGUAAUAUGCUCAAACUGUCUUGCUCUGGUGAGCAACCUGGCUGCUGAAUUCUGGACUAGCUGAAGUUUCCAAACCGUCUUCAGAGGCAGCCCUACGUAUAACGCAUUGCAGUAAUCUAACCUUGAGGUUACCAGAGCAUAGACAACAGUAGUUAGGCUAUCCCUGUCCAGAUAGGGGCGUAGCUGGGCCUACAUGAACAGAAACAAGGCCCGUGCUUUCUUUACCCUAAAAAAGUACCGGUACUCACCAGCAAGCAGGCAGAGGGGCCAGCAUGUGGGGAAGGGACAUGGCCUGAGGCCAAGGCUGGGUGGUGAGGGCGGAUUAGCUGAUUGAUGCUCCCUUGUCCACCCACCCACCCACCUACUGGGGUGCUGCCGCGCAGGUAAACACGCUUCUGCCGCCCAGGAAGGAGGCAGCAGGGCUCCAGGAACCUGUCAAAGCAUCACGUCUCUGUCUCUAAGGUCAGCAAAGGCUUCCCGGGCUUGGGGAAGGAGGCAUGAAGCUCUGACAGGCCCAAGAACCCUCCCGCCUUCCCCUUCCCAAAAAGGUGACGGUUCUGCGUACUGUUGCAUACUGCCAGGAAAAAAGCCCAUCCUUUGAUCUUUGCAGUUCUCUGAGCUUUGCAGUUCUCCAGCCGUGCAAUGUGUACAUAAGUGCAUAUACUAGGGUAACGUGCAUUAAAAAAUAUACCAAAAGGGCAGGGUGUCAUUAGGGAAAUUGCUUUGUGAAGAUGAUGAUGGUGAUGAUGAUUUAUUUCUUCUACCCUGCCCAUCUGACUGGGUUACCCCAGCCACUCUAGGCAUUAUAAAAACUAGGCAUUAUAAAAGCAAGACAUCAAACAUCAAAAGAUGUGUAUGUUAUGCGGAAUAGCAUAUAAACAUGUAUGUUUGGAGAAAUUAGUGCUAAAAUGCUGAUAAAUUUUCAUGUGUGUGUGUGUGUGUGUAAACUGAACUGAAGGUUGGAAAAAUGAGAAACUGAGAUUGACAGAUUUGCCUGCCUCUUUCUGUCCGUAUAGAUCUAGGUAUUAACGUUUAUUUAUGUGCCUGCUCUUCCCAGGACCUCAAGGUGGUGCAAAUGGUUCUUCCCUCCUAAUUUUAUCCUCACGACAACCUUUGAAGGGAGGCUAGGCUGGGAGAGAGUGAGCAGCCCAAGGUUACUUACUGAGCUUCACAAACACACACAAAGAUUGCCCUUUCCCGCAGUCUGGAGAGUAUGAGCUAGGCUUCCCGAGGGGCUAGAUCAGGCGUGGAGAAUCCGCGACCCUCCAGAUCUUGCUGGACUACAACUCCCAUCAUCCUCGAUUAUUGACCAGGUUUGCUGGAUCUGAUGGGAGCUGGAGCCCAAGAACUUCAGGAGGGGACACAGGAGAGUUCCCCAUCUCUCGGCUAGCUAAAUGUCAGUGUGCUUACAUCUACGCCAUACAUUUAAAGCAUAUCCCCGCUCCCCAAGAAUCCUGAGAACUGUAGUUUACCCCCCAGGGAGCUACAGGUCCCAGGAUUCUUACCAAACUACAGUUCCCAGGAUUAUUAAAUUUUUUGGGGGGGAAACCAUGUGCUUUAUAUGUAAGCGAUAAGAAAAGCGGGUUUGAGAGAGGCAGAUGUAGAAUAGAGAAGUGGGAUGGUGUUCAUGCUUGUGUUCUCAUCCCUUUCUCCAGUUUAAGCUGUGUCUCCUUUGUGGCUUUUGCUCCUUUCAGGUUCCCAAUGCUCUGUUCUGGGUUUUGAUAUCCACAACAAGUAGCUAGUCCCCCAGAGAAACUCGAGACAGCAGUCAUGGGAAGAGGGAAUAUCUCAGGACUUGGCAGUCCAUUGCAGCUCCCAACAAAUCAGGGCUGCUUGUUGUACAUCUAGGGCCAGUGUCAACAGCUGGCACCCUGGCCCACUGCCCUCUAUGUGCUGACACCUGCCCAGGGCCAACAGGUGCUUAGGUCUAGCCACCAUUUAAAUGUCCCUGCAAUGUAACAUCACUCCCAAGACUUUGUGGGAUGCAUUUAUAGUGGCUGAAGCCCAGUCCUGCUCAGAGAAUUAUUGUUGCUUCUGGAACUGCCUGCAUAUUGUAUCAAAUAUCAGUGCCGGGUUGUUUUGAGGCAGAAGUUCAGGUCAAUUUGCUUUUUAAUACGAAACUACCGAAUUUGCCGGAAGAAAACGCAAGCCAAAAACACAGCUAUUGCCCGAAACUUGCAUUUCUCUGAAUUUUGUGACGCAGCUUUCGCAUCGAGUGAUGUGCAUAAAAACCUGCAUGUUAGGGGGUAAAUUGCGUUUAAAAAGGCACUUAAGUGAGAACAACAUACGAAACAUGCAUGGAGUUAGGGGGAGAUUGCUCGGGGAAAUGUGCACUCUCUACGUUUUUGUGAGGACUUGCAAAAGACAUUGCAAGCUGAUGCAAAAAUGUGGAGAACUGAACCGAAGAUGGGGGAAAGCAGAAGCUAAAGCUAAUAGAUUCACCCAUCCCUAGAUGUGGGUAUACUCUUGAUAACAAUAGGCAAGCUCUGGGUUUCCCUCAAAGUCCUUACCUAAGGAAGUGAUGCCCUUUUACCUUGCAACAUUUUGGGUUUUCAGUCUGAAACCUUGGAGAGCCACUGUCAUUCAGUGUAGACAGUGCUGAGCUAAGUGGACCCAGUGCUCUUCCUCUGUAUAUGGGCAGUUUCCCAUGCCCCUAUCUCAAGGGGUAACCAGCUUGCCUCUGUGCAUUGGAUGCAAUGUGGCAUGUUCACAGAGAGUCCAUAGAAGGCAUGCUCUGCAAUCCCACAAUUCAGUUAUGGGGUCCACUGUCAUAAGCUGCGGCAGUAGCCAUUGGUUCCAGUGACCACAGUCGGAAGUAGUAAUGCUUCUGAAUAUUAGUCGGUAGAAACUGCAGGAGGGGAGAGUGCUGUUGUGCUCGGGUCCUGCUUGUAGGUUUUCCACAGGUGGACCACUGUGAGAACACGGAUGAUGGACUCAACAAGCCAUUGGCCUGCUCCAGCAGUCUCUUCUUAUGUUCUUGAACUGGGAUUGGGUUGAUUUAUGGAGGAGAGGUCUCUACAGUGGCUUUAUGCAGCAGUAUGCCUCUGUAGAAGAGAAGGCAGUGAGAGAUUUUACUUUCUUGGGCUCCAUGAUCACUGCAGAUGGUGACAGCAGUCCCGAAAUUAAAAGAUGCCUGCUUCAUGGGAGAAAAGCAAUGACAAACCUAGACAGCAUCUUAAAAAGCAGAGACAUCACCUUGCCAACAAAGGUCUGUAUAGUUAAAGCUAUGGUUUCCCCCGUAGUGAUGUAUGGAAGUGAGAGCUGGACCAUAAAGAAGGCUGAUAGCCAAAGAAUUGAUGCUUAUGAACUAUGGUGCUGGAGGAGACUCUUGAGAGUCCCAUGGACUGCAAGAAGAUCAAACCUCUCCAUUUUUAAGGAAAUCAGCCCCGAGUGCUCACUGGAAGGACAGAUCCUGAAGCUAAGGCUCCAAUACUUUGGCCACCUCAUGAGAAGAGAAGACUCCCUGGAAAAGACCCUGAUGUUGGGAAAGAUGGAGGGCACAAGGAGAAGGGGACGACAGAGGACGAGAUGGUUGGAUAGUCUUCUCGAAGCUACCAGCAUGACUUUGACCAAACUGCGGGAGGCAGUGGAAGACAGAAGUGCCUGGCGUGCUCUGGUCCAUGGGGUCACGAAGAGUCGGACACGACUAAACGACUAAAUAACAAAUGCCUCUGUAGUUGCUGGGGAAGUGGGAUGAAGAUUGGCACCUUCACAUCUCCAUCAUGGACUUCUCAGUGGCAUCUGUUUGGCCACUUGGGAAGCAGGAUGUUCGACUGCACAGACCUUUGGUCUGAGCCAGCAGGACUUUCUUUAUAUUCUUUAUACCACAGACUUCAAAUUAUUACCCACUGAAUCCAAUUGCAAUAAUAUGGGAUAACUACUCCAUAUUGUCCUAUCCAUUGAACCUAAUUGGAAUAAUAUGGGAUACUAUUCCAUAUUGUCCUACCUAUUGAACCCAACUGGAAUAAUAUGGGAUAACUAUUCCACAUUGUCUUCCCCAUAAGGGUUCUUCAAGCUGAGUUCCAUUGCAGUGCUUGCUGUCCCUGAGAUCUUUGCUAAGUUGCUUGCUUAUUUAGCAAUGUUACCUCUAAACAACUCUUUAGAGGACUUUAUCCAAUUUCUGAUGAAAAAACAAAGUUGGCAAAAGGUCAGGAAAGUAACACAGGCUCGAGGCCCAUUCAACAUCAAGUCCCAAACCUUUGAUGCUCUCCUGCUCCCGAAAAAAAGGAAGAUGGCUGCCAAACACUUGAAGCAGGGUUUUGAGCUCUAAGGCCAACUCUAAGGCAAGUUUCUGCUCUAUAACCAACCCUUAGCACUUGUUUUUAUCCUCUCUUCCAUUUUACUUCUUAACUCCUACCCAUAAGUAGACAAAUAUUCUCAUUCACAUCUCACAUACACAUCCCAGAAGUGGCGAACUAGGGUCCUCCAACUUAUUAUGGUAACAGAAUCUUCCUUUUCAUAUAUAUUUUUUUAAUUAAAUAAAUAGUAUGUUACUAGUCCUCAUCACUAGAGAUCUGUUUGGAAAGUGGCUAGAGCAGCAGUUCUCAACCUGUGGGUCCCUAGAUGUUGCUGGAUUACAACUCCCAGCAUCCCUGAGCUCUGGCCUUGCUAGCUAGGGGUAAUGGGAGUUGUAGUCCAACAACAUCUGGGGACUCACAGGUUGAGAAAAGCUGGGCUAGAGGGACACUGCACUCCUCAGUGAAUCACCAAUCUCACUUGAGCAUUUGCCCCUCGGUGGUGCUGUUGGGCGGCAGCAAUCUUUGACAGCAGCAGACUGUUCCUUUUUUUUCUGAUGCUAGAUCAAAUGUACUUAGUACCGCUAAGUUGUGAGGCAUUCAUUCAUUGGGGUGGAUGAACAUCCCCAAUGUUUGGAUUUUUUUUGUGGGGGGAGGUUGUUGUUGUUGUUUAGUUGUGUCCGACUCUUCGUGACCCCAUGGACCAGAGCACGCCAGGCACUCCUGUCUUUCACUGCCUCCCGCAGUUUGGUCAAACUCAUGCUGGUAGCUUCGAGAACACUAUCCAACCAUCUCGUCCUCUGUCGUCCCCUUCUCCUUGUGCCCCCCAUCUUUCCCAACAUCAGGGUCUUUUCCAGGGAGUCUUCUCUUCUUUUGAGGUGGCCAAAGUUUUGGAGCCUCAGCUUCAGGCUCUGUCCUUCCAGUGAGCACUCAGAGCUGGUUUCCUUCAGAAUGGAUAGGUUUGAUCCUCUUGUAGUCCAUGGGACUCUCAAGAGUCUCCUCCAGCACCAUAAUUCAAAAGCAUCAAUUCUUUGGCGAUCAGCCUUCUUUGUGGUCCAGCUCUCACUUCCAUACAUCACUACUGGGAAAACCAUAGCUUUUACUAUACGGACCUUUCUUGGCAAGGUGGAGGGGUCCUUAAUGAAAUCCUCAGCCCCAACCUCCUGACUCCUCUUGCUUUUUGCUAACCCAUGAGGUUCUGCAGCCUUCUAAAACGAUGAGAGCUGCCAUCGCAUAACAUAAAGGGGGCUGGACUGGAUCCCUUACCACUUGAGCAUCGAACACUCCUGCCUAGAGCCUCAAUUCCCACACCAGCUUUGUGUGCCGCCCAGCCUAGUAUCUAGAUGAGAUAUACUGCUCUUUCCUCCCCCUCCUUUCCCAGGCCACAGAGUUUCAGGAAGUCCAUCCUGUUUAUUGGGAGAGUUUAUCUAUCAUUUGUAGAUGAAAGAGGAAGUGCCCCAGAUUGACCCUUGUGGGGAGUGAUUGGUAACAUCUGGAGACGCUUUGAGUGGUUUCCUAUGAUGAUGAUGAUGAUGAUUAAAUUUACUUAAACUUAUUAGUCGCUUUUUUAAUUUACAAAAAGUAACUCAAAGUGACUUACAGGCAUACAUGCAUAUGUAACAGAGAAUUUUAAGACAGCAUAAAAUUAAUCAGAGGAUAACUUUAAGACAAUUGCUGCUGAAAUUCUAAAUCACCUCCACCAAGUUUAUGCCUGUGGCUUAUUGCUCUCUAAUAAUGAAACAACUCAUGUUGUGAUAACCCCUGACAACUGCUGCUAUCCUUCAUGUGGUUGAGUCAUGUGUCACAGAUAAUAAUAAUAAUUUAUUAUUUAUUUUCCCCAGCCACUCUGGGUGACUUCCAGCAAAAUAUUAAAAUACAAUAAUUCAUCAAAUAUUAAAAGCUUCCAUAAACAGGGCUGCCUUCACAUGUCUAAAAGUCAGAUAGUUGUUUAUUUCUUUGACAUCUGGUGGGGGGAGGCAUUCCACAGGGCGGGUGCCACUACCGAGAAGGCCCUCUGCCUUAUUUCCUUCCAGCAGCUAAACCAGUCGUUGGUGGGUGUAGAACUGAUAAGAUGCCUUGUUAGUGACCUAGCCUUCUGUCCCCACCAAGACAUCCAGGAAGCAAAUAUAUGGCUUUUCAUCUAUUGUCUGAAAAACAUGUCCAAAUUAUUUGAUAACCAAAUAGCCUUUGAUUUCAUGGAAUUGUAGAGUUGGAAGGGACCACAAGGGACAUCUAGUCCAACCCCCUGCAAUGCAGGAAUCUUUUGCCCAAGGUGGGGCUCAAACCCACAACCCUGAAUUUAAGAGUCUCAUGCUCUAGCAACUGAGCUAACUCUAAAUAUGCUGCACAAUCUCUGUGGCCCAUAUUGUGCCCCUGUUCAGCCUAUAGACCCACCCUGGUUAUGUUACUUCUGAUCCCCUUGAUCCGCUAGAUCACCCACCCGGUCUGGAGGAAUCCGGUUUUGGUUUCUCUCUUCCAACCUGCUUCCAACCUUUCCGUUCAUUUUACUCCGUUUCUGCAUCGGUUGGCAAACGUUCUUUUUCCGAAAACGUUGACGUGGAAAUUCAUGUGCGCUUUCGUUUUCCUUUUCUCUGAACAGAUGCGCCUUCUCAAGCAAGUUCCCCAAACACAAUGCAUUUUUAUCAAUUCCCCCACCCAAAAAACACACCCACUGUUAUGCAUGCUUUCGCCAAUAUACAAUCAUACCUCGGGUUGAAUGUGCUUCAGGUUGAGUGUUCUCAAGUUACACUCCGCGGCAACCCGGAAGUAACGGAGCGCGUUACUUCUGGGUUUCACCGCUUGCGCAUGCGCAGACGCUCAAAAUGAUGUCACGCGCAUGCGCGAAAGCAGCAAAACGCGACCCACGCGUGCGCAGAUGCACACUUGUGUCUUCUGUUCUAUUCAGGAUGUGAACGGGGCUCUGGAACGGAUCCCGUUCGCAUCCCGAGGUACCACUGUAUGCCUCUUUUUUGGGGGGGGUGCACAUUCUUUUGGGUUUGAUGAACUGCGUUUGAAAAUGCAGAAAAGCACAGAUUUUGAAGGACAGCUGUGCUUGGGUUCGCAGUGCAACUUGGAUAGGGUCGCGUCUAAACACAUUUCUGCCCUGUCCCUAACAACCCACACCACUUCCAUCCCGGUGUUCCGGGUUGUGUUAUCGUGUGGUCCCUGUCUACAAAGACAGGCCAUGCUACUGCUGUUUUUCUCUCUGUGUGUGUGUUUUUCUCUGUGUGUGUUCGUCCAUCUGUGCUGUUUUUAGAUCCUAUGCAUGGACUCCCCUCUUCUGACUUCCCUUCACUCCUCAACCUCUCCCCCCUCGGCCCCCCGCAUCAACCACCACCAUCACCGCCCCUCCCUCCCGCCUCAUUUCCCCUCCGGGCUUAUACAAGUGUGUUUCCUCCUUCUGCAUUCUGCAAAGAUCUCUCAGCAAAAAAAUAGAGAGAGAGAAAAAGCAGAGCUGAUGGGGAUGUGGGGAAGGAGCCGGGGCGAGUCGUGGGGGGUGUGUGUGCGUUGGGGGCUGGGGCGGAAAGUGGAGCAGCGGGGAAAGGGGGAAGGGAUCCUGACAACACUAUGUCUGGGCCCGGGCCAAGCAGAGACACUCUUCACCAAGGGGGCCUUUUGGAUCUCAUUGCUUCGGGGGCUGCAAAGGACUCGGGGAAGGGGGGGGCAAGGGAGCAGGCAGUGUCGCCUCGCAUUAGAGCACUGCGGCUGAUGCCGUGGCUCUGCGUCGCCUGCGGAGAUCUGAGUGCCUGGCUUCGCGGCGGCAGAAGAAAGGUCACCGUUCAGACCACAUCUCCCCUGGGAUAAAAAGGUUAAACCCUCGUGGGCUCCCCGAACCCGCCCACUGUCCCCCUCUCCUGGAGACCCCGGUCCCCAAACCCGUGGUGCCCCUCCAGUCCCUUGCACUGCGCCAGCCACAAAGAAGUGUCCCCCGCCCCUCCGUGCCCAACUCAGGAAACGCAAGAAAGACGCUUCGCCGAAUGAGAACUUUUCGUUUGCAGAGGCCUCAACUCUUCAGCCUCAUCAGCUCAGCCUCUCUCUCCCCUUCCUGCCUCCAUUUGUUGGCUUUCCUCUCCCUGACUCUUAACCCCAUAUGUCUUGGGGUUGCAGUGGCAAUUUCUCUACACACACAGACACCCAACGCUGCAACCGGCAUCGGUUCUGCACCUUGAGUGUGCAGCGAUGGAUUAACGAAUUCUUAACACCGACUAAUUAAUCAUUCAUUAACUCUUUAUAAACUAUUAACGAACAGUUGUCACUGUGAACAAGCACCAUACCAGUUAGCCCUGGGGGGAAGAGACAGGAUGAAAGAGGAGUGGGGGUGUGUGUGCGGAAAGCAAGGCUUAGAGGUCAGUAGCAGAGACACUAACUUCUCUGGAGGUUUGAGGGGGCCGGACGCGAUGUCGUGACAUGGGGCCCUCUGAACAUUGAGGGGGCCGUGUCCCUCAAAAAAAGAUUGGGGGAUUGCAUCGGCCCCCCGGAGCUAGAGCUCUUGGUCAGUAGGAUGAAGGCAUGUGGGGUGCAGGCCUGAGGUGGAAGAUGUGGGGUUCGGGGUGGAGGAGUUUAGGGGUGUAACCCCCUGUGGCCUGGCUCUAGGUGUGAGGGUAGCCUGGGCAUGGUGCCCUUCACUGGCCCGGCUUGGUCAGCAAGGCCUUGGCAGAGUUAACGGGAGGUGAGUAGGGGAAUACGUUUAUAUAUUUUUAAUAAAUUUAUAUGCCACCCUUCACCCGAAGAUCACAGAGCUGUUUAUAGUAUUUAAAACACAUCAUAACCAAAGUAACCAAGUGGAUCCAGCUGCCGUUUUAAUGUCUCAUAGUGCGCCAGAGAAAUGGUACACUAGAGCAUCAUGGGGGGAAAAAAUGGAGCGCCUAUUGGGGCAACUGCCCAACUGUGCCAGUUUUUGCAGAGGCGAUCAGGGCUUUCCUUACGUUCUAAAAUCCGCCCCUAAAAUCUCCCCUUUUGAGGUUGGAAUAAAAAUUAUGCAGGUUCGAUUCUGGUCCGACUUUGGCGAGUCUGCCAAAUGUUAUUUGGAUAGGCUAUUUCCCCACCCGACAUGGGAAAUUUGUUUUCGUUGGGGAGGGUGGGUGGGAACUGGGGGAAAAGUAAGGUGUUUGUGGGAUGUGGUGGGGAGACACACAGUGCACAGUUUAACUCUGGGAUUGGCUCCUGCCUGUGACAGCCUGAAUGGCUUUCAAAGAGGAUCGGACAAAUUCAUGACUGUGCAGGGUUUCAGACAGGCUUCUCUUAGGCCUAGAUGAAGAUGCAGGGGGUUGAAACCGGAAUCUUCUGUAUGCAAAUGAGACGCUGUGCCAAUGAACUGUAGCCCUUCCUCAGAAGUCCAGUGGGUCACUGAUGUGCUGAGAGAACCGGCACAGUUUAGUCGUUUGAGCGUGUGGCUAGGACUGUGGAUCCUUGGCUUCAAAUCAGUGCACAGCUAUGAAGCUCACUGGGAGACCUUGGGCCAGUCACUGUCUCUCAGCCUAGCCUCCCUCACAGGGUUGUUGUGAGGAUAACAUAGGGGGAGGUGGGACCAUGCGCACUACUGACUUGAGCACCUUAAAGAAGGGGUGAGAUAUACACCUUUAGACGCCGGGUGAAAACAUUCCUCUUCAACCAGGCCUUUGGCAAGAAAUGUCCUUUUAAAUGUGCUCGAGGAGGGGAAUUACUGGUUUGCUUUUGUUCUUAUUUUUAUUAUGUAUAUAUAUAUAUAUAUAUAUAUAUAUAUAUAUAUAUAUAUAUACACACAUAUAUAUAUAUGGUGGUACCUCGGUUCUCGAAUGUAAUCUGUUCCGGAAGACCGUUCGAGUUCUGAAAUGUUUGAAAACUGAGGCACAAAGGGCUGUCUGCAGAUUCAAUUGAGAAAAUUGAAAAACACACAGCGGAAGCCAUUUGAUUUCCGAGGUGCGUUUGAAAAUGGAAGCAUUUACUUCUGGGUUUUCGGCGUUUGGGUUACAAAACGUUUGUCAAGGGAGACGUUCGAGAACCAAGGUACUACACUGUAUAUUGUAAUUUUAUGUUGCGAACUGGCCUGAGAUCUGCGGAUGAAGGGUGGUAUAAUGAUGAUGAUGAUGAUAAUAAUAAUAAUAAUAAUAAUAAUAAAUAAAAUAAUGAUAAUAAUAAUAAUAAUAAUAAUAAUAAUACAGCUGACCAGGAUUUGAACCUGGAUCUCCCCAGUCCUAGCCUACCAUACUACUAGUUUAUUCUCAAUAACAGUUACAACCACCUUGCACAUUUAUCAUGCAAUAGGAAUCAUGAUUAAUAAAUGAAGAUGAGGGUAAAUAAAUGAAAAUGAAAAUGUAAGGGUGUGUGUGUGUGUGCCUUCCUUUCUUCAUAUCUCCAUUCUGCAAUCCACCCACCAGAUAGUUGCCAGCAGCUGGAGAGUGGCUUGGACCCUGAGCACCCGCAAGGCGCAAGCACCCAAGACCUAGAUGAGUCCCAAAUCCGUUUGCAGCUGAAGCGCAAAUUGCAAAGGAACCGGACGUCUUUCACCCAGGAGCAGAUAGAGGCGCUGGAGAAAGGUGAGGAAGGGACGAAGGGGGCUGACAACAGGUGAGGUUGCCAGCUGGUUAGAAUUUCAUCUUUCUAGUUAGCAGCCCGAAUCAGAGCAUUUUGAGCGAGAGAAAGAAAAACGGCGUCCGCUGUUUGCACUGUUAGCAGAUGCGUGUGCACAUCGUGUGUGCACAUUAACUGAGGUGCAACUGAGAGAGCUUUUCUUAAAGGUAAACAAUGCAGACUCAUCCAUUCCACAUUGAACACAUGGCAAUUGCCUCUGAUAAACGGUGGGCAGAGGUGGGCAGCACCACUUUCUCUCUGCACAUAUGUGCCGUCGCCACCUUACAAUUCAUAGCUAAUUAUAGUCCAACCCCCUGCAGUGCAGGAAUAUGCAGCUGUCCCGUACGGGGAUCAAACCUGCAACCUUGGUAUUGCCAGCCCCCCAACUGAGCUAUUCAGAGAGCCAUCCAGCUGGUUAGGCUUGGAGUCCAAUACUUGAGUCUGCUUACCUUCACCCUGAGGUGCCUCUCAGCUGAGGGGCUGCCAUCCUUAUCAGGCAGGUUAUGGCUGGAAAUCUUAUUAUUCCAUCCAUAUUUGAUUUCCUACUUGAAUAGACUGCACCGUGUACAUGUGAAUUAGGAAGGGUGCUAAAGAUCCAUGAAAAAGAUUGUGUGUGUGUGUGUGUGUGUGCGAGCGUGUUUUAUGGAUGUGGGAGACCCAUGAACCGCGCUAGCUUUCCAUGGGUAUAGCCUCUCAAUUCUUCCCAAGUUGCAGUUCCCUCCAAAUGGGGUGUGUGUCAUCAUGACGCUAAACAGGGUGACUCCUGUAGUCUCUUCCUUCUGUUACCUACACUGACUUGUUAGAUGGCAGCAGAUGAAGAAGAUGGAGAGGGGGGAAACCAAGGUCUUUUUGAUGCAUCCUGGGAUGCGGGUGGUGCUAUAGGUUAAACCACAGAGCCUAGGACUUUCCAAUCAGAAGGUUGGCGGUUCGAAUCCUUGCGACGGGGUGAGCUCCCGUUGCUUGGUCCCAGCUGCUGCCAACCUAGCAGUUUGAAAGCAUGUCAAAGUGCAAGUAGAUAAAUAGGUACCGCUCCGGCGGGAAGGUAAACGACGUUUCUGUGUGCUGCUCUGGUUCGCCAGAAGCGGCUUGGUCAUUCUGGCCACAUGACCCAGAAGCUGUGCGCCGGCUCCCUCGGCCAAUAAAGUGAGAUGAGCGCCGCAACCCCAGAGUCGGCCACGACUGGACCUAAUGGUCAGGGGUCCCUUUGCCUUUAAGAACAUCCCAUUCAAACAGGAGUUGCAGAUAAGGCACCAGUGCUGCCACGAGUGCAGCUUUUAAAACUCCCCUGGCGCUGUUGGUGGCGGCAGAAGAAUUUUUUGUGGGAAGACACAGUUACGCUCAGUAUGGAUCGUACUAAAUCUCACACAGUGGAUAUCCUUAAACUUCCGAACAACUGGACAGUGUGAUUUAGAUUGAUAUUUUGUUUUCCGAAAAACCAGGCCCCUCUCAUGAGAAACGGUAACUCUGCGUAUGUUCAGAGGCACUUCGCUGACAAUGUAAUAAAUUUUUUUAAUCAGUUGCGGCAGUCUUGUUAUAUCAAGAUGGGAUCUAAGAGGAGAAGAUGUGUGUGGCCAUCUGGUGGCCAGAGUGGUACUGCAGCCUUGAUGCACAGCUUGCUUUCUUGACCUUGCAUUGCAAGUGUGCCACUUUUAAACAAUAAGCUGGUCUGCAGGGAUAGGGGACCAUUUUCACCCUGAAGGCUGCAUUCUCUUCUGGCCAACCUGAGCAUGGUGGACAGGGUCAGUGGGCAGAACUAUGGAUGUGGAUUAUGUACUGUAGGCUAGUUUCCACACAUUCCCCGCUCUCUUACUCUCCAUCUGGGUGGACAAGAGGCAGGAGCAGAGUUCAAGGACACAUUCAAGCCAGGCAAAAACACUCAAGGAAGGUGUGGAGGAAGGCCUGAGGAGAGCAGGGGGGCUGUGGAGGGGUGUGGUCAAGGGCUGGACAGAUUGGUCUAGAGCAUCCUUUCUCAGCCUGUGGGUCCCCAGAUGUUGUUGGACAACAUCUGGGGACCCAAAGCUUGAGAAAGGCUGCUCUAGAGAGAGUUGUCUUUGCCCGCCAGGUCCUCCUGUAUCGGAAGCAGAGAAUCUGCAGCCCAUGCUGCCUGCUUCUGGUAAAGGUAAAGGGACCCCUGACCAUUAGGUCCAGUCGUGACCGACUCUGGGGUUGCAGCACUCAUCUCACUUUAUUGGCCGAGGGAGCCGGUGUACAGCUUCCUGGUCAUGUGGCCAGCAUGACUAAGCCGCUUCUGGCGAACCAGAGCAGCGCACGGAAACGCCAUUUACCUUCCUACCAGAAAGGUACCUAUUUAUCUACUUGUACUUUGAUGUGCUUUUGAACUGUUAGGUUGGCAGGAGCAGGGACCAAGCAAUGGGAGCUCACCCCGUCGCGGGGAUUCGAACCGCCGACCUUCUGAUCAGCAAGUCCUAGGCUCUGUGGUUUAACCUACAGCGCCACCCGUGUCCCCCUGCUUCUGGUAGUAGGUGCUAGUCUUUCUGUUUAACAGAAAGCUUCUGAUCCUCUGCUUCUGAUCAAAGGGGCCUUGCCUGCUUCGGCAGCUGUAGAUUUCUACGGCACAGGGAAUGUUGGUUCUUGCAGAGCUCCUGGACCAGAGUCCUCGGAGUCAGAGAAGCGAUGCUGCUUGGCAGAGUGGCUUCCUCCUGAACUGGUCCAAGCAGGCCUAAUCAUGGCUAGCGCCAUGGGCAAUUCCUCAAAGACCAAGGUCUCAUCCCCUGAAGAGGGGAAGUUAGAUCCUAUGGGCAUGACAGUAGGUGACGCAGUGGAUGACAUCUGCAGGGCUGUUAAACCCCAGCAGAAGAUUGAGAGCAUCUCUGUGGAAGUGAACAGCAGGUGUGAGCUACCUGGAUAAUGCAAUACCCCUGUGCUCCACUAGUGGGCAGGACGGAGAUGAUUCUACGCUGCCACCCUUCCAAUACAUACCCUACUUGUUGUGUUCAGUUAUAGUCAGAAAUAGUCACGAGCCUGUGGUCCAGUUUUGCAGAUUGAUUCAGAUAUACUUUGCUGGCGCGAUAAGGAAUUUGAGUGCUGACAAAGUAAUAUGGCAGUCCUGUGCCCCUUAAGGGGACGCAGGUGACGCUGUGGGUUAAACCACAGAUCCUAGGGCUUGCCGAUCAGCAGGUCGGCGGUUCGAAUCCCCGCGACGGGGUGAGCUCCCGUUGCUCGGUCCCUGCUCCUGCCAACCUAGCAGUUCGAAAGCACAUCAAAGUGCAAGUUGAUAAAUAGGUACCACUCCGGUGGGAAAGUAAACGGCAUUUCUGUGCGCUGCUCUGGUUCGCCAGAAGCGGCUUAGUCAUGCUGGCCACAUGACCUGGAAGCUGUACGCCGGCUCCCUCGGCCAAUAAAGCAAGAUGAGCGCCGCAACCCCAGAGUCGGUCAUGACUGGACUUAAUGGUCAGGGGUCCCUUUACCUUUUAUGCCCCUUAAGGCAUGCUAUAAUAGGGUGUAAGAACAUGGGAGUAGGUUCUACUUCACCAGGGGCUAUAAAUGAUGGGGAAACAGAGGGAACAUGUCUCCAAAACUCUGACUCCCUUGCCCUCCCAUCUUCCUCAGAAUUUGAGCGCACUCACUACCCCGACGUCUUUGCCCGUGAACGCCUGGCAGCAAAGAUCGACCUCCCGGAGGCCCGGAUCCAGGUAUGGCAAGGGGAUCCGCUCGGCUGUGGGACAGGCCAACCUACGCUUCCUUCUCAUUCCCCGUUCAUUCCAUUCCACUGUUCUUCCCCCCUGUCCAGGUCUGGUUCUCCAACCGCCGAGCUAAGUGGCGCCGGGAGGAGAAGCUGAGGAACCAGAGGCGCCAGGCGGGGGGCACCGGGGGCCACCUGAGCAUAAACAGCAGUUUUGGCUCUGCGGGCAGCACUGUCUACCAGUCCCUCCCCCAGCCGACGGGGUCAGGUGAGGGCCGUGGACCCGGCUGACUCGUUCCCAUUCCCCCAUUCUUUCUUGGCUAACCCAUCCCUGUCUGUUUCAGGGAGGCCCUGUUGAACAUGGCCCUGGCCCCCAGUAAGAAGGGCUAUCCACCAUUGACAACCACAUGACUUCUCUCUCUGUUACAGGCACCAUGUUGGGCCGUACGGAAAGCGCCCUCAGCAACAACUAUGGCGCCCUUCCGCCCUUGCCCACCUUCUCUAUGGCCAACAGCCUCCCUAUCCAGGUAAGCUUCUCAGAACCCCUUCUCAGGCUGAAGACCACAUUCCCAUAGCUGUCAACCUUCCCUUUUUUGUGGGAAAUUCCCUUAUUCCAGCGCCGUUUCCCGUUGCUAUCUCAGAUUGUUAGAUAUCCUGUAGACUGUCCCUAGGACAGGUGAGGCUACUGAUCCCUUAUUUUCAAGGCUGCUGAUCCCUUAUUUUCAAAUCUGAAAGUUGACAGCUAUGCAUUCCCUUCUUGGCAAGCUUCCGAGGGCCACAUGCUGGGGCGGGUGGGGCCAAAGGCAAAAAGUGGGUGGGGCAACAGAUGAGAAUAUUUCCUAUUGUGCUAGAGGCGAUAGUUCAGAGGUUCCCAAGCUUAUUUGGCCUACCCCCUGCCCCUUGAAAUCUACCUUCUUUAAGCGAACAAACAGAAAGAUGCAGUGACAAAUGUGCAUUCUUUUAUGUAUCUGCAUUUCUACCUACGUCCUGCGACGUAGCAAAGGGAGAUAUUGUAAACCAGACACCUUGAAGCCGCAGCCUGCCUGCCAUUGGACAAAUAGGCAGGCAAGCGGCGGUCCGCUCCCUAGGCCUGGGUGAAGCCAAAAAGGGUCCACCCCAUCCCAGGAAAGCCCCUCACCUCCAGCACGACUGCAGGAUCCAGGGGAGGCGUUUUUUGCCAUCCCGCAAUGGCGCCUCACCUGGCGGUUAAGUGUCAUUACACAACAGAUAAAAAUGGUUUUUCCUAAUUUUCUUUUCUUCUUUUCUUUCUUAAUGCUUCCACUGCCCCCUUAUUUUUAUCCAAUAAGAAUAAGAAUAAGAAUUUAUUAUUUAUUCCCUGCCCAUCAGGCUGAGUUUCCCCAGCCACUCUGGGCGGCUCCCAAUCGAGUGUUAAAACCAAUACAGCAUUAGAUAUUAAAAACUUCCCUAAACAGGGCUGCCUUCAGAUGUCUUUUAAAGAUAAGAUAGCUGCUUAUUUCCUUCACAUCUGAAGGGAGGGCGUUCCACAAGGCGGGCACCACUACUGAGAAGGCCCUCUGUCUGGUUCCCUGUAACCUCACUCCUCGCAAUGAGGGAACCAAUGCUACGCAAUUGCACCUGAGGCUACUACUGCCCCCCGGAUCAUUCCAGUGCCCUCGCCCUGCCCACUUAGGGAAACACUGGGCUAGUUUAUUUAUUUUAUUAUUAUUAUUUAUUGAAUUUAUAUACCGCCCUAUACCCGGAGGUCUCAGGGCGGUUCACAGAAUAAAAUCAAGAUAUAAAACAAAAAAAAAAUACCUAAUAAAAAUAAAAACAACAAUCCAAUAGCCUGCCUGCAAAAAAACCAAAACAUUUUAAAAGGGCAUAGGAUGUAAAAUCGGAUCAACCAAAGGCCUGGUUAAAAAGGAACGUUUUUGCCUGGCACCUAAAGGUGUAUAAUGAAGGUGCCAGGCAAACGUCCCUGGGGAGAGCAUUCCACAGAUGGGGAGCCACUGCAGAGAAGGCCUGUUCUUGUGUUGCCACCCUCAGGACCUCUUGAGGAGGAGACACAUGAAGGAGGGUCUCAAAAGAUGAUCUCAGGGUCCAGGUAUGUUCAUAUGGAAAGAUGCGGUCCUUGAGGCAUUGAGGUCCUGAGCCAUUUAAGGCUUUAUAGGUCAAAACCAGCACUUUGAAUUGGGCCCAGAAACUAUCGUAAUUGGUGGCUAGUGCAGUUGGACCAGGAUCGGUGUAAUAUGCUCAAACCGUCUUGCUCCGGUGAGCAACCUAGCUGCUGAAUUCUGCACCAGCUGAAGUUUCCGAACCAUCUUCAGAGGUCUUCCAUCCAGACGAGGAAGAGGCAUUAUUGGAGUUAAUGAUUCCAUGUCCUAGCCAGGCAAAGACAGCUGGGAUGUGAAGCAGGACCAGCGAGGGGUGUGGCCUGGGAGAGGGGCGUGGCCUGAGGUGCCACACCCUGGAGCUGAAGACACCUGCCUUAAAGACACAUGUUCAGGGCCAGGCAGGCAGGAAGGCUGAUUGAGAUCCUUUGCUGCUGCUAACCUCCUUUCCUCUGUUGCAUCUUGUCUGCCCCCAACAGCAGGCCGUGCCCCCCGUGGCCAGCCAGACGUCGUCUUACUCCUGCAUGCUCCCCGGCGGCUCGUCAGUGCGAAGCUACGAUUCAUACACGCCCUCACAGCUCUCCUCUCAUAACCUGAGCUCCAGCAACGGGGCCUCUACUGGUAAUUGAAGGGCAGGGGGAAUGGCUGGUGUGGAGCGAGGGAAGGGCACCAGGGAUCUGGGAUAAAGCAGGGUUUGCUGCAACUGGUGGGGAAGAGGAGAUGGGGCAUUGGUCAGCCACAGUUGCUUAACAGCCAUGGGAAGUAACACCCCCUCCCCAAAAAAAAACCCAUAUAGAGCCAUGUAAGAAGAAGCACAAGGAACGCUGGAAUCCUUCCUGGGCAGUGAUUAUAUUGUAAAAUGCAUAAUGUGGCUUCUAGUAUGCAUUUUUAGAAAUCCCACCUUCUGCAUAAAGCGUGAAUAAAAUAAGUUUCCAGUCCUUGCCAUGUUGGAGCGCUAGUUAAAAAUGUGUGUUGUCAGCUUCUGCUAAAACAAACGCAGUGUGUUUUUCACUCGUCAAGGCUGGUGUGCACAUACGCCUAGCAUAAUUUCAGCUACCGCACUCUGACUUAGACUCUUCCUUUAUAGAGACCACAAGCCAAUAGUCAGCCCCAGGAAGGAAAAGAUACUGAACAUGAAAUUUCGAAUUCUGCAAAAGGCUCCCCAAAGCCAGGCAACUGGGUGAAAGCUGGAAGUGACUUUUUUCUUUCUUUCAAAUGGUCGGACAUAAUCCACUCCAGUUUUGGGAUUUGGGGUGUGGCUGUCCAGCCCUGUCCUACUGCACAGGAGCAUAAGAAAAUAUAUUCAUUCAGACCAUGAUUGGUCCACCUAACGCAGUAUGUGGCCGAUACAUUCACUGGCAGCAGUUCUCCAGGAUCUCGGGUCAGAGUCGUUGUCACUAAGCUACAGCUUCAGAAUAGAACUGCAUCAGUGCUUUUGCUCUCUGCCAUUUGAGCUCUGUGGGCAUCCACCUUGAUCUUGCCAUUCCUUGUGUGUGAAGGAGCUUUGCCAGCGAGUGGGCUUCCCCUUCCCCUCUGGCCCCAGCUUUGUCCCUGCAGUUUCCCUUUGCUCUGGCAAAUGCUGAAGCACAGAGCAGCUCUCUGCAUGCCUUGCUGCUUGCACAGCUGCAAAUAAGCCCUGGAAUGGAAGCUUCUCAUGCUGUGAUGUUUGGACACUUUUGCCACAGGACUCUAUUGUCUGCCUCCCAUGCAAGCAGAAUAUAUUAUUUGCAGAAGUGUACUCAGUACGCAAGUUGGGACGCGGGCCAAUAAAGCGAGAUGAGCGCCGCAACCCCAGAAUCGUCUGCGACUGGACCUAAUGGUCAGGGGUCCCUUUACCUUUACCAUACUCAAUACGCAGGUCAUAUCUUCCCUGUCUUUCUUGCCCAAUAGUCUGCAGGCAAGAUAGGAUAAGUUUUUAUUUUAAUUUCAUAAGGAUAGGGAAAUCUCGAUCAAACCUGAGUGACACAGAGAGGACAGACAUAAGAAUUGGGGUAAUGUAACAUAACCUCCAUACGCACUGUACUUUGAAAGCACAUGGCAUCCUGCAGAUAAUUCUGGGAACUAUAAUUUUUUUUGGUAGGUGCUAGGUAUUGCAGCGUUGUCAAGGAUAAGCUACAGUUCCCAGGAUUCUUUGUGGGGAAGCUAUGUGCUUUAAAGGUAUGGUGUUUAUGCAUACCAUGUGAGCUAUGACCCUCAAAAAACAAGAACUGCAAUAUUGAAUGCCUUUAUUAGACUCUAGAUUCUAAUCUAGAUUCUAAUCUAACCUUAGAGCCACCUGUGUUUAGAAGCACCCGCGUCCCCCAGAACUCUUGCCUGUUAAAAAGCAAAGUGUGGACUUUUAUAUUGUUUUAAGUUCUUGCUUUUUCCUUCCAGCAGCUGCUGAUAUCUCUUGAGACACCCCACUCCCCCCCCCCCACAGGCCAGAGUGUAAAAAAUUAACAGCUGUAUUCUUGUGCACAUUUACCUGAGAGCAAGUUCCAUCGAGCACAGUGGGACUUAAUAGGACCACUCUGCAAAUCAGGUGUAUACAUAAGCUUUUGGGGGGGAAAAAGCAAGCUAAGAUAUUUCAGGAAUCAGAUAAGGAGUACCUAGACCAUGGGUAGGCAAACUAAGGCCCAGGGGCCGGAUCUGGCCCAAUCGCCUUCUAAAUCCGGCCUGCGGACGGUCCAGCAAUCAGCGUGUUUUUAUGUGAGUAGAAUGUGCCCUUUUAUUUAAAAUGCAUCUCUGGAUUAUUUGUGGGGCAUAGGAAUUUGUUCUUUUUCUUUUUUCAAAAUAUAGUCCAGUCCCCCACAAGGUCUGAGGGACAGUGGACUGGCCCCCUGCUGAAAAUGUUUGCUGACCCCUGACCUAGACUGUGCAGCAGAAAACCCUCUUCCACCUAGUGAAGCCAUGUCUGUCUAUAACCUCUGGAUUCUCAGAGCAGGAGGCAGGCGUUUGUGUGGAAGUAUUGAGCUGUUGGGAGGGGACAUUUCACCUCCUUCCUGGCUGUCUUGAUUUAGACAGCAGCGGGUAGUAUACGGACCUGCCCUUCCUUUCACAAAUUGCCGUUAACAAGGCAGUUGUUGAAACCAAAGGAGCAGGUCGCAACGUAUCUUUCAGGGCCUCGAAAACCUCUGCAAGGAACUUCUCCUUCCUUAACCUUUGUCAGAAUAUUAAUUCUUGCGUCGCCUUCCUUGCAGUCAGGGUAGUUCACUAGGGCAGAAACUUGGUUUGCUCCUCAAAUCCUAAAUGCUUUGCCUACAAUAGGCCACUGACUCCAACAUGUUUCGUUUUUCAGUUUGGCACAGUUGGUUCAUGACGGUUGGUACCCAACGUAUUUACUUCGUCCGUGCAAGGACAGAUGGAUGCUUGGGCAAAUCCAAAUUUGCUGCGGAGGGUUGGGGGAGCCCCUGGAACAGAUUGGGGCGGGCAUGCAGCAGGGAGAAGAGUAGGCAGUGUUCAUACCCUCCAACAUGUUGAGUCUCAAAACUGGGACGCAAGGCUUCCUGGCCGUGCUCCCAUGGGAGUCAUGUGACCUGUGGGAGAUCAAAGGAAGCACUUUUUUCUCGCCAUGCCCCGAAAAAAGCACUUGAGGGUGCAAAAUCGUGGCACCCCAAAUGGUUGCCACGCUCUCGUGGGGGGAGGGGAAGUGUGAUGUCCCGGGACACUUGUGGGGUAUGAGAAUUUGGUUGUGCAACCACUUUGCACCAUUGAAACAAGCUACUUAGUGCUGCAACCCAAUAUUUAUACAGUGGUACCUCGGGUUCAGUACUUAAUUCGUUCCGGAGGUCCGUUCUUAACCUGAAACUGUUCUUAACCUGAAGCACCACUUUAGCUAAUGGGGCCUCCUGCUGCUGCUGCCCCGCCGGAGCACGAUUUCUGUUCUCAUCCUGAAGCAAAGUUCUUAACCUGAAGCACUAUUUCUGGGUUAGCGGAGUCUGUAACUUGAAGCGUAUGUAACCUGAAGCGUACUUAACCCGAGGUACCACUGUACAUUUAUUUGCUGAACUGAAAAGACUGGGCUUUGCAGCCUGUAACGUUUGGAGAGAUUCCUUCUAUUUCCUGACUGUUUCCCUCUUCUCUCUCUCUCUUUCUCUUUUUCUAGGGUUAAUCUCUCCAGGAGUGUCUGUUCCUGUCCAAGUCCCUGGUGGGGACCCUGACCUUGCCCAGUAUUGGCCAAGGUUACAGUGAGGAAAGAAGUGGAACAGGCUGGGGGGGGGGAUGGGGCGGGGGUGGAAACGGACGGCGGAAGGAAAGGGGGAGAUGAAUCGACUGCUUACACGCCACACAUUUAAAGCGCAUGGCUUCCCCCAGAGAAUCUUGGGAAGUGUUAGUUCAUCCCUGCCGGAGCUACAUUUCACUGCGCCCUUAACAAACUAUGAUUCCCAGGAUUCUUUGGGGGACAUAAUGUGCUUUAAACGUACAGUGUGUACAGAAGGGACUUUCCUUCCGCAGCGGGGAGGGGAAUGGCAAUAUCUGGGGGAAGGAGCAUUGGAGAGGGCCUUCCUUAACUUUGUGUAUCUAUGUUAGGCAACAACGUCUGUGUGUUUGGUGGCAGGCCUCCUCUGCCCCAGUGUGCGCAUCAUGCGUGCGCCAUCGGGGGAGUGGGGACCGUCCUUUGGUCAUCUUGUCUCUUUCUUCCCAAUCCACAUUCCGUCUCGCGACUUUCUCCUUCCCUCUCUUCCCUUUCCACCUCCCACCUUGCCCUUUAGAUGGCACUAAGAGCUAGGGGAGUGGGGAAGGGGGAACUGCCGGAAGUAUGGCAGGAAGAGAGAGGAAACAUUGGGGAUUCAGCACAAAGGAUUGGGGGCAGACCGGGGAGAGAACCGAUGACCCUUUGGGGAGCUGGAGGAAAGACUGAACCUUGAAAAGGCCGGACAAACCUUGAAAUCUAAAGCAAACAUCGGGGCAAGAAGAACUGUGGCAAUGGCCACAUUGGAAUCCUGUGAAAAUAAUUGUCGAAUUGAGUACCGGCGAAGGAUCACAUGGGGAAAAUGACACACUAGUCCCCUUUCAAGCUGUUGCAAGGGGUGGAGGGUGGGCGGAAUAAAACUGCAACCAUUUGGAAAAAACACCACCAUCAUCUUAAUAUUGAUAUGCCGCCCAUCUGACUGGGUUUCCCCAGCCACUCUGGGCAACUUCUGACAAAAUAUAUUUGUUAUCACAGCAGCAUCAGUUUUAGACCUCCAAAUCCACUUGUGUCUCCUUGGCCGCUCUGCCAGCUGAAGAUCAGACGGCUCCUUACAGCUCUUCUGCAUCGCUCUCUUUCUCUCUCUCGGUUGGACAGGACUUGCCAAGGGACAGUCUUCACCCACGGCGGCUAG